AUGGCCUCCGUCCUCAAGGCUCAGUCCGUAAAUGCUUCCAAGGCAUCUGCAAAGGACAAGGGAAAACGAAAACUCGAAGAUGCCACUGAAGAAGGGACCUUGGACUCCGAAGAAAGGGCACCGAAGAGGAAGAAAAACAAGCAGAGGGUCCUCCUUCUCUCCUCGCGUGGUGUAACUCACCGCAUGCGCCAUUUGAUGAACGAUUUAGAGGCGCUGCUUCCACAUGUAAAGAAGGAUUCCAAGCUAGACUCCAAGUCCCAACUGCAUCUCCUUCCCGAGCUUGCUGACCUUCACAACUGCAACAACACACUCUACUUCGAAGCACGACGUCAUGAAGAUCUGUACCUCUGGGCUGCGAAAACACCAAACGGACCAAGCAUCAAGAUGCACGUGCAAAACAUCCAUACGAUGGACGAACUAAAGCUCACAGGCAAUUGUCUAAAAGGCAGCCGAGGAAUCGUGUGUUUCGACAAGGGUUUCGACGAAUCUGAGUGGGGGAAGUUGACGAAGGAGGUCUUCACUCACAUUUUUGGUAUUCCGCCUGGCGCUAGACGAGCGAAACCUUUCAUCGAUCACAUCCUUACCUUCUCUCUCCUGGACAACAAAAUUUGGUUCCGAAACUUUCAGAUUUUAGAAAAAGACCCUCUUCAACCGAACGGUCCACCACAAAUGUCACUAGUCGAGAUCGGUCCUCGCUUUGUACUCACUCCCAUACGAAUCUUCGAAGGUGCUUUCAGUGGUGCAACGGUAUUUGCUAACCCUGAAUUCGUAUCUCCAGCUGUCGUUCGCUCAGCUAUCCGCCGUGAGAAGGGUGAAAAGUAUCGCACCCGACAGGAAAGCAAGAUGCAGCGUCACGAACGAAGAGAAGAUAGGAGAAUGGACGAAGACGAGCUCGCUGUGCGCAAGGUCUUUGCUUAG